UCAUCCCACUCGGCAGGAUAAACGUAACCAGCCGUUGCCAACAACUUCAAACAGCUCUCUCAGAGCCUGUCAGCCGUGUGUGUGCCUGCUGCGCUGCUUCUUCCUCUGGCCUGACACCUCGAAACAUGCUGUCCUUCGCUCUGAGGCAACUCACACGGCCACUGUGCCAGAGAACCCCGGUUCGUCUCAGUGUUCGUGGGCAACAGUCCCACGCCGCCACCAGAACAGUGGAUGAAGAUCGUCCAUGGACAGGCCAGGAGAGUCUGGCUCAGGACGACCCUGAGAUGUGGGAUCUGCUGCAGAGAGAGAAGGACAGGCAGUGCCGUGGCUUAGAGCUCAUUGCAUCUGAGAAUUUCUGCAGUCGAGCAGCUCUGGAAGCUCAGGGCUCCUGUCUGAACAACAAAUACUCUGAAGGCUACCCAGGGAGAAGAUACUACGGCGGGGCAGAAGUGGUCGACCAAAUCGAGCUGUUGUGUCAGAAGCGAGCCUUGGAGGCCUUUGACCUGGACCCAGCUCUGUGGGGCGUCAACGUCCAACCAUACUCUGGCUCACCCGCUAACUUUGCCGUCUACACCGCCGUGCUCAACCCCCACGACCGCAUCAUGGGCCUGGACCUGCCUGACGGAGGACAUCUGACCCAUGGCUACAUGUCUGAUGUAAAAAGGAUCUCUGCAACCUCAAUCUAUUUUGAGUCCAUGCCCUACAAGCUAAAUACCGCAACAGGACUCAUAGACUACGACCAGAUGGAUAUGACGGCCAAGCUGUUCCGGCCCAAGCUCAUCAUUGCUGGCACCAGCGCCUAUGCCCGCCUCAUUGACUACGCCCGCAUCAAGAAGCUGUGCACUGACAUUAAGGCCUACAUGCUUGCUGACAUGGCUCAUAUCAGUGGUCUGGUAGCAGCUAAAGCCAUCCCCUCUCCGUUUGAACACGCUGACCUGGUCACCUCCACCACACACAAAUCCCUGCGAGGAGCCAGGGCUGGCCUCAUCUUCUAUCGCAAGGGUGUUCGCUCAGUGGACAAGAAGGGGAAGGAGAUCAUGUACGACCUCGAGGACAAGGUCAACUUCUCUGUCUUCCCCUCCCUGCAGGGUGGACCUCAUAACCAUGCCAUCGCUGGUGUGGCUGUGGCACUCAGACAGGCACAGUCCCCCAUGUUCAAGGAGUAUAUCGCCCAGGUGCUGAAGAACGCCAAGGCUAUGGCUGCAGCUCUUCUUAGCAAAGGCUACACCCUGGUUUCAGGUGGGACCGACAACCACCUGGUCCUGGUAGACCUGCGGCCUAAGGGCAUUGACGGAGCUCGAGCCGAAAGAGUGCUGGAGCUCGUGUCAAUCACUGCCAAUAAGAACACCUGCCCUGGGGACAAGAGCGCCCUGACUCCUGGUGGCCUCAGGCUAGGUGCUCCAGCCCUGACCUCCAGACAGUUCAAAGAAGCUGACUUUGUGCAAGUUGUUGAGUUCAUGGACGAGGGCUUCAAGAUCGCCUUGGAUGUCAAGAAAAAGACAACAAAGCUCCAGGACUUCAAGAACUUCCUUCUUCAGGACCCAGAGACUGUGGCUCGCAUCGCUGAACUGCGCCACCGUGUUGAAGCUUUUGCCAGGCCCUUCCCCAUGCCAGGCUUCCACGACCAUUAGACCAGUCAGAGUGGAGUGAGGGGGCUGAAGGCCAGGUGGUGGAGAGCUGGCUGAGCAGAAGGGUGUGAGGAGAGGGAAAAUGUCACAUGGGAGUUAAAUGUGGUGGGUGCCUGUAAAUUGGGAUUAAUCUUUUUUUCCAAUCAGAUCAGAUCUGUGAAACCAUUUUUAUACUUCUUUGCAGUCAUUAAUCAAUCUAUUCUUGUAAAAACAUGGCCUCCAUAUCGAGGUAAAGAAACAAUAAAAUAUAACAGAGUUUUUUUUUUUUUUAGAGCUAAAGAACCUAUUUUCUAUUGUAUGUGUAAAGAUCUGCCUCAGUUGUUUUUACACCAUUUCUUUAAUGUGAGUGUGGGAGGAAAAAAUAACACGACCAACAGUUAUUGGUGUCACAGACUCUGUGACUUAAUUAAUGUAUAAUUAGAUAUUAUAAUAAGUUACACUGAAGAGUCUUAAUGUUGUAAAGUCUUAACUAAAGUCACUAAUGUGGAUUAUUAUAUUCACAUAGAGAUGUGUGCAUGGUAGUUUUCUAUUCUCAUUUUCUGUUAAUGAAACCAGGUACACAAGGAAGCUUUACGAUGUGAGGGGCUGUUCUACCAAACGUGGUGUUGGCCCUUUAAUUUAGUAGAGAUUUGUGCAGCUUGUCUCCAAACUGGAGGGUCCAGGUCUGAUUAUACAGGAGAUGGACUUAAUAAGCUUAACAUUUUGUUAUACUAUAGUCCAACACUACAAACUGUGGUCAUAUAAAUUUCACACACCGUGUAAACAAAUUCAAAUAUCAUGAGCCUCAAAAAGUAGAAUUCAUUUGGAGUUUGUAUCGGAUUGCAUUACAAUAUAAUACGUCCACCCUGUGUGGAAAAUCUAACAUAGUAUGUUGUUGUCUUUUGACACUGUUGUGAUUGCACCAUCUUUUUUUUUUCUUCCAGCAUAUCAUAGAUGUCAGAUUUUAAUUGCUUUAUAUGUUGUUAUAACAGAUAAAUAACCAAAUGGAAUAAUAACAAAAACAAUGGAAUAAUAACAACAGGAACGUCAUCCUGGAUUACUUCAUACUUUCCUUUAAAUGCGUUUACAAAGAGUAUAUACUUCUCUAUUAUUUAAGAGGAAUUAAUGAAAUAACUGACCUCCUUUCACAUACAUAUAUUAUAAGAUUUCCAAUACUUCUACCAAUGUAAUUUGCUCUAGAAGAAAGAAGAUUUGUAAUGCAGUCUGUCUGAUGAAAGUGUCAUUUAUUUCACCACUGUGUUCAAAGAUGGAAACUAUGAAGCAGCUGGAUUUGAUAAAACAUUUUCAGAGUAUUUUGUUGCCUGUCUGGUUCACAGAUUGGCACUGUUGUCAUUAUCACUGCAUCAGUGAGGAAGAAAGAUUUUUUUUGUGUGUGUGUGAAAUGGUCCUGCAGCACAAUCAAGAAAAAAGAUGUUAGAAAUAGUUCGGUACUCUCUUACUUUGCACAAAACACAGCUUCUAAAGUGAACGGAGUAAUAUGAAUUAUCCACGUCACAUGUUUUUGACAGCCAAUAGAGUAGACUUUGCCAAAACAUACCGAUAAGUAUUUUACUACAGUGUUGAUAAAUCCACUGUUUGUCUGUUUUCAUCUCUGAUAUGUUGCCAGCUAUUGUACAUCAAGUUUGAACUAACUGUCUUUUACAGAACAUUUUUAUUAGCUGAGUCCUAAUAAAAUCUAAUAAUGCAAACAUAA